AUGACGAUUAAAAAGAAGAAAAAAUUCAAGGCUCAGGAAACGACUGUGGAGAGCAUGAAUUCCAAAGGCCCCCGAGUCUUCCAGCGGAACGUCCGGCCACCCCUAACACAAGGACUUCCUCAAGGGCCUGUUUCGAAGGCUCCCAGAACUCUUGGCACAUGGCCCGCGGGCCCACCGCCCCGGCACAUGGCCCGCACGAGAGCCCUCCCCACCCCCCUUCCCCCGCAGCCAGGGUCCGUCCCCACCCCACGGCCUCCCUCCACUAAGUUCCCGCCAAAUCGACCCUCGGCCCCGCGCCCCGCGCCCCCGACGCCUCAGCUCCCAAGGGCGCGCGGGUCGGGCCUCCCUCGCCGGAAGCCUGCGGCCUGGGGUGCGGCCUUGGCCUGGAGCGGGUCCCGACGCGCGGCAGCCCCGCUUCUCGGGGCAGGAGGAGGGCCGGCAGGGUCGCCAGACCGCGGCGCGCCGGAAACCCCAGUCCGACGCGGAGGCAGAAGCCGGGCUUCCCGCCUGACGCAGCAGCAGCGCAGGCCAAAGUGCGGCCGCCAUCGUCGCCCCACCGCUCUCUACCCUCCUCGCCUGCCUCGGCCCGCGGCCCACACCGCGGCUCGCGCCAGCCCCGGCGCCCACCCUCCCCAGCUCUCACCUUCGGCGUCGGAGCGGGCCCGCAGCAGCGGAGACUCGGACGCAGGCCCGGAGAAGGCGGCUCGCAAGCUAGCGGCUGUUUAUUUUCAGGGUCCUUGCCUGCGCCACACGCGGGUCUGCACACGGCCCCACACACGCCGCUGCGCACGGCUCUCCUCCGCCUCGCCCACACGGCCAAUCAGCGCGCGAGGCUCGACCGACCAAUCAGAGCCGCCCGCGGGGAGGGUCCGCCCAUCCCAAGCGCGGCGCGGGGCGGGGCGGGCUCUUACCACAGCGCGCCGCGGCCCUUCCCGGCGUGCGCCGCGCGCGGCCUUUCCCGCCUGGGCCCUGGCCCCUGGCCUCGGCGCCCCACCCCGGGCCUCUUCCCGGAGUCCGGGCCACGCCCCGCCGGGCCGCUGGAGCCCGGGGAUGCCAGGGGCCGGGGCUGGGUGA